ACCGGCAGCCGCGGCGGAGCCCGGUGCGGGGCAUCCCUCACCUCCCCUCCCGGUGCGGGGCAUCCAUCCCAUCCCGGGACGGGAUAUCCCGAUGGAGACGGGUUACCGGUGCCGUAGCAACCGGUACAUCGAGAGCGGGCAGUCGGCUGUGCCCGGCUCGGUUCUAUUCGCCGCCGGGCUGGUGGGCAACCUGCUGGCUCUGCUGCUGCUGGGGCAGCACCGACGGCGCUCCCGGUCGCCCGGUGGUCGCCCAGCGAGGGUCUCGGCUUUCUACGUCUUGGUGAGCGUGUUGGCAGUCACAGACCUGCUGGGCAAGUGCCUGCUCAGCCCCAUCGUGCUGGCAGCCUACGCCUACAACCGCAGCCUGAGCGAACUGGGACCAGGAGGGCGAAGCGAAGGCGAGCCCGGUGUCCUUUGCCAGCUCUUCGCUUUCCUCAUGGCCUUUUUCGGGUUAGCCCCCACCCUGCUGCUGCUCGCCAUGGCCAUGGAGUGUUGGCUCUCCCUUGGGCAUCCCUACUUCUACCGCCGGCAUCUCACCCGCCGGCUGGGUGCCACGGUGGGGUUGGCAGCAGCGGGGCUCUGCGCCCUCUUCUGCGCCCUCCCGCUGAUGGGUUUCGGGGUGCCCAUGCAGUAUUGCCCGGGCACAUGGUGCUUUAUGCGGAUGGCAGGCGGGGGUCCGCGCCAGCUGGGCUUCCCCGUGCUCUACGCCAGCCUGAUGGGCUUGUUGGUGUUGGCCAUCGGCGCCUGUAACGUGAGCAGCAUGCGGCACCUCUACAGCAUGGCACGGCGGCAACCCCGCCGCGGGACCCCCGCCGCCACCGCCGCCACCCCGCGCAUGGAAGAGCUCGACCACCUCAUCCUGCUGGGGCUCAUGACCGUCCUUUUCACCAUCUGCUCCUUGCCGCUCAUUGUCCGGGCGUACAUGGGGGCUUUUGCCACCGAUUUCAACGAGAACGCUGACCUCAGCGCCCUGCGGUUUCUCUCUGUGAACUCCAUCGUGGACCCCUGGGUCUUCAUCAUCUUCCGCACUUCUGUCUUCCGCACCUUCGUCCGCAGGGUUUGCCAGAGGCUGAAUUCCCGGAAAACCACCCUAAAAGGACCCAACCCAGGGGAGAACGGCCAAUUUUGUCCCCCGGACUGGCGCAGGACAGACAACCCGCAGCUCGGCUUCCCCUGAGUGCAUGGGUUUUGCAGAAGCUGGGAGCUGCUGGUGAGGAUGAGGAGUGAGCCUUCGGCCCCGCACGCCCACCCUGGAGCAUCCCAGGAUGGCACGGGGCUGUCGCAGGUGGGGACGGCGUCCAGCUUGCAGCGAGAGGUGGCUGUGAAGAGUUUCUGCCCCCUCUCCAGGCUGUAUUUUGCCCCAGAGAGGAACCAGGUGGUUUCUUGGAUACCUGUGAAGAAUUCCGAGCAGCAGCACUUUGUGGAGGGUUUGGGGAGCACCUGGCUCCAGGAAAGCAGGAGGGUUUUGGCGCGUGGCUUCAGGGCAGCGGGGACACACAGGGAGGAGAGAUGCGUGUGUGUGUGUCCAUCAAAUAAAAGUGGUUUGGAGCCCUGCUCCAUCACCUUGUCCUCUGCGUGGUCCCCUUUCCAUGCCAGGGCUGGUUUGGGGUGUCCUCGGUGUGGAUGAAGGGGUGUGAGGGAGACUUUGAGAGCAUAGAGACUCAGAAACUUGAGCAGCAGCUCACAGUUGUGCCAAGGAGAUGGAGAGCAGGCAGGAUCCCUCCCUGUGACACCCAUCAUCCCACCCUGGGAUGCCCAUCAUCCCUCUCCUAACCCCGUAUCCCUCAAGCAGGGCUGUGCUUUCUCCACCAUGGCUUGGUCUUCUUUUGAAAACAGGUUCCUCCAAGCACUGGUGUUGCAUUCGUGUUUCUCAGAUGCGUACCUUUCCCACUGUAAUUGCUUUAAUUCAGUAUUUAUGAUGAUUCUGAGCCCUAAUAAGAGCAGUAAUUGAGAGAAUACGCAGCCUGUAUAACCUCACGGUGCAA